AUGUCCGGGCAGCACCAAGGAGUAGGGCUGCCCUGGGCAGUACUAGGACACCAGGCUGCCGAGGAGCCGCGGGCGGCGGGCGGCAGCGAGGUGGCCCGCGCGCUGUCGCCGCUGUCGCUGCGGGCUCGGCUGAGCUUCGCGGCCGGCCACUUCCUGAACGACCUGUGCGCCUCGCUCUGGUUCACCUACCUGCUCCUCUUCCUGCACUCGGUGCUGGGCUACGGGCACGCGCUGGCCGGCGCGCUGCUGCUGGCCGGGCAGCUCGCGGACGGGCUCUGCACCCCGCUGCUCGGCCUCGCGGCCGACCGCGCCGCCCCGCGCGCCUGCUACGGGCCCAGGAAGGGCUGGCACCUCGUGGGUACCACCUGCGUCAUCCUGUCCUUCCCCUUCAUCUUUAACCCCUGCCUGGGCUGCAAGGAGAGCACCCCGCCGUGGGCGGUCUUCAUCUACUACCUGCCCUUCAUCGUCAUCUUCCAGUUCGGCUGGGCCGCCACGCAGGUGUCUCACCUGUCCCUCAUCCCGCAGCUGGUGACCAAUGACCACGAGAAGGUGGAGCUCACGGCCUUCAGGUACGCCUUCACCGUCAUGGCCAACAUCACCGUGUAUGGCCUGGCCUGGCUUCUGCUGAACCUGCAGGUGGAGCAGCCGGAGAGCAUGGAGCACCUGGGCAUCCAGGAUGUGCCCGUAUUCCGGAACCUGUCCCUCAUCGUGGUGGGCCUGGGCGCCGUGUUCUCCCUCAUCUUCCACGUGGGCACCAAGGAGAAGCCGUCCGCGCUGGCGGGGCCGCCGCAGGCCGACGAGAGCACCCCGCUGCUGCACAAGGAGCCCGCGAGCCGCCCGCGGCCGCUGCUGCUCUGGAGGCACUGGCUGCUGGAACCCGCUUUCUACCAGGUGGCAGUGCUCUACAUGGCCACCCGCCUCAUCGUCAACCUGUCCCAGACCUACAUCGCCAUGUACCUGACCAACUCGCUGCUGCUGCCCAAGAAAUACAUCGCCACCAUCCCCCUCCUGAUGUAUGUCAGCGGCUUCCUCUCUUCCUUCCUCAUGAAGCCCGUGAACAAGUGGAUAGGGCGAAACCUGACCUACUUCGUGGGCAUCCUGGUCAUCCUGGCCUUCGCCUCCUGGGUGGCCCUGGCCAGGCAGAUGGGAGCGGAGGUUUACGCAGCCGCUCUGCUGCUCGGGGCCGGCUCGGCCACCAUCCUGGUGACGUCGCUCGCCAUGACGGCCGAUCUCAUCGGGAGCAACACGCACAGCAGCGCCUUCGUCUACGGCGCGAUGAGCUUCACGGACAAGAUGGCCAACGGGCUGGCGGUCAUGGUCAUCCAGAACAUGCAUCCCUGCCCGACCGAGCUCUGCUGUCCCGCCUGCGUCGGCUUCUACCACUGGGUGAUGGUGGUGGUGACGGGCGGCAUCGCCGUGGCUGCCACGCUGGCUCUGUGCUGCAUCAUGAUCUGGCCCAUCCGCRUCCGCUGCCGUGAGUGCCGCCAGGGGCCGGGGACGGAGCCCCCCUGCGUGGCCGGCAAGCCCAGGAAGAGCAGCAAGAAGGGGCUGGAGGAGAAGCGCUGGCAGAGCCUGGAGGAGCGGGGCAGCGCGCGGCACGGCCGGCGCCCGGCGCUCGCCAGGUCCAGCACCUACGACCCCUCGUGCUGCAGGGAGGGCGAGGGGGAGGCCGGCGCGGGCAGGCAGGGAGGCCCGGCCUCCUCGCUCGGCAAGCGCGCCGCCAGCUUCCGCMGGCUCUUCGGCGCCGUGGCCGCCCGGGAGGUGCUGCUGGACUGCUUCUCCUGCGCCUGGCAGAAGGAGGUCCCCUAUCACGGGCGUCUCUACGUCUCCAGCGGCCAUGUCUGCUUCCACUCCAGCCUCCUGCUCAAGGACAUCAAGGCCGUGGUGCCCGUGCCGUCCAUCUCGGCGCUCAAGAAGACCAACACGGYGCUGCUGGUGCCCAACGCGCUCAGCAUCCGCACGGCUGAGGGGGAGAAGCCCCGGGUGGCUCCGUGUUGA